UACGUACGUUUUGUCGUGGAGAGCGCCAAACACGGCCACCAACAUCAAACUGUGAAAAUAAAGUAUUUAACCCCGGUUGGAGCUAAAUUCACAGUUUAUGAACACAUGGCUUCCACAAGUAAAGCACCGUUACAGACUAGAAACUUGCCAUGGGUUGAAAAAUACAGACCGCAGAAACUUGAUGAUCUGAUCUCACACAAAGAUAUUCUAAGCACCAUCCAGAAGUUUAUCAGUGAGGACAGGCUUCCCCAUCUCUUGUUCUAUGGCCCCCCUGGAACGGGCAAAACCUCCACCAUCCUUGCUUGUGCCAGGCAGCUGUACAAGGACAAAGAGUUCAACUCCAUGGUGUUGGAGCUAAAUGCAUCAGAUGACAGAGGAAUUGAUGUUGUACGCGGCCCCGUUCUGAGUUUUGCCAGCACCAGGACCAUCUUCAAGAAAGGCUUCAAGUUGGUGAUACUGGACGAGGCCGAUGCCAUGACCCAGGAUGCCCAGAAUGCACUGCGGCGAGUGAUUGAGAAGUUUACAGAAAACACUCGAUUCUGUCUGAUCUGCAAUUACCUGUCCAAGAUCAUCCCGGCCCUGCAGUCUCGCUGCACCAGGUUUCGCUUCGGCCCGCUGUCCCCAGACCAGAUGAUCCCUCGGCUGGAGCAUGUAGUCCAGCAGGAGGGUAUUGACAUAACUCCAGAUGGAAUGAAGGCCAUUGUGACCUUAUCAUCAGGUGAUAUGAGAAGAUCACUCAACAUACUGCAGAGCACCAGUAUGGCCUAUGAGAAGGUCACAGAGGACACAGUGUACACCUGCACAGGUCACCCCCUCCGCUCAGACAUAGCCAACAUCCUCGACUGGUCGCUCAACAAAGACUUCACCACAGCGUACAACCAAAUCCUUCAGCUGAAGACUUUGAAGGGUUUGGCCCUGCAUGAUAUCCUCACUGAGGUUCAUUUGCUCAUACACAGAGUUGACUUCCCUCCAGCUAUUCGGAUUGUUCUGCUCAUCAAGCUGGCUGACGUCGAACACAGGGUCGCCUCAGGAACUGAUGAGAAAAUCCAGCUGAGCUCCAUGGUUGCAGCUUUCCAGGCAGUGAGGGACCUCGUGGUCAGCGAGGCCUCCUAAAUACAGUGACCGCUUUACACCACCACAACGAAAUACAGUCUCCAGAAUGCAAACCGCUUGUGGAGGCAAAACUUUUUCACCAAUUCCCUGCUGACUACCAUCACUUCUGUUUGUACCACAAUUAAAACACAGCUACAUCCAGA